CUUCGUCAAUCAAGUCAUUAAGUACCUGAGUGCACCUUGUCAGCGUCAGUGCUUAACUGAACUCAGCGAGAGACAGACGUUACCACGUGUUCGUAUAGUUUCGACAAAACUUUACGAAUAUUCCUGUGAGUGCAUCCUCUGUGUGUGUGCUGUGUUUUGUGUAAAAGUUAAUAAACUCAGUCACCCUGGAUUUCGAUCUUGAUGAGCCUCUCGUAAUGCGUGCGCCCGCGAGCGCGCGCGGCGCGGGAGUGCGCGGCGCCAGCGUGCCGCGGUGGGGCGACGCGCCCGCACCUCCCGCCACCGACUACUCGACGCUCGCGGCCCCGCAGUGCGCGCAACCGCUCUACCCGUUCGACGAGCAGAUCAACCAACGGUUCGCUAUAUGGCAAGGUGACAUCACAAGUCUGGAAGUCGAUGCGAUCACAAACACAACUGACGAAACGUUGGCAGAAUGCAACGCGGUCAGCGAACGGAUCAUGUCAGCAUGCGGCGCCGAACUGAAGGAAGAGAUCGUGACGAGAGGACAUGAAUGCCGUACUGGUGAAGUAGUGGUGACACCGGGAUUCAACCUGCGAUGUCGACACAUCCUGCACACCGUUAGCCCGUCCUACAGCCAGCAGUACCACACGGCGGCCGAGACCACUCUCCACAACUGUUACAAGAACGUGCUGUACUGUGCGGGCGAGCUUCACGCGCGUACGCUAGCGUUGUGCGUCAUUGAUACGCCCAGAAGGAACUUCCCUCCGGACUUGGCUGCACAUACUGCACUACGUACAAUCCGUCGCUACCUCGAGCAGAACAAGUCCCCUCAGCUCGUGAUCUUAGCCUGCGCGUGCGGCCCCGACCUGUCGCUGCUGGCCGCGCUGGCGCCGCUGUACUUCCCGCGCAGCGCUCGCGAGGCCGACGCCGCCAGGCUGAGACUAUCGGAGCCGGCCAACAACGAGCGCAGGAUACGGAUCAUACACAACCCGCAUGAACACAACGAGGACAGCGCAUCGGACGACACGUCGCUAUACGACGAGGAGGCCGCAGCCGAGGCGGCGGAGGCGGCGGCGGCGUUCGCGCGCGCCUGCGCGCCCGCGCCCGACACGCAGCGCCUGCUCGCGCCCAGCCCCGCCGUCGUACGCCGCAGACUAGACGACCACGAGCAAUACGAGCGGUUACUCCGACGAGCAAAGGCCGAGGACUUGAGUGAAGUGUCCGGCAUCGGCUGUCUGUACCAGAGCGGCGUUGACCGGCUCGGCAGGCCCGUCGUCGUGUUCAUCGGAAAAUGGUUCCCCAUCGGCGAUAUCGACCUUGACAAAGCACUAUUGUACCUGAUCAAAUUGUUGGACCCAAUCGUCCGCGGCGACUACGUGAUCGCCUACUUCCACACCCUCGCCUCCUCCGGCAACCACCCGCCCUUCUCCUGGCUGAAGGAGGUCUACACCGUGCUGCCUUACAAAUAUAAGAAGAAUCUGAAAGCGUUUUAUAUUGUGCAUCCCACAUUCUGGACGAAGAUGAUGACGUGGUGGUUCACGACGUUUAUGGCGCCGGCCAUCAAGGCCAAGGUGCACAACCUGCCCGGCGUGGAGUUCCUGUACUCCGUCAUGGCGCGCGACCAGCUCGAGGUGCCCGCCUUCAUCACCGAGUACGACAUGACGAUAAAUGGUCUACACUACUUCCAACCAGACACGAACAGCACGUAAACUUCACGUAACGUACGCUACGUUCUAUCAAGUCGGGCCGCCGCGUCGCUAAUCUUCGCAGUUCACUACACAUAGUACAACAACCUUCCGUCGUCCACAGGCUCCUUUUACUAGUAUACCUUCUUGUAUCACAACAUAAGGCCCAAUUUCAGAAAAUCUUGUUAUUCCCAGCAUAGCAGAUUCAUGUUUUAAUAAGGUAAAAGUAGCAGUGCUCGACAGUGUACCAGUAGAUGCCACUUGUAGAGUAAAUCUUGUCAUUGUCAAUAAAUGUGACAGAAGGAUGUCGCUAUUUGACAUUAGUGUGUCGAGCACUGGUACUUUUAUCUUAAAACUAAUUUUAUUCUUAAAAUUCCCUUUUUCCGCUCAUAAAUUUGUCAACAACCCUAUUAUGUGAAGGAAUACCUUAACAUAGUUUUAACAGCUAAAAUCGAUAUACCUAUUAGGUACUGUUUCACGUAAAUAAACCCACAUUUGUCGCUUCCAUAAGGACGCAUAUUAUUCAUAUAAACAUGCAAGCAAAUCUCUUCCUUACGGUAAACGAUAAAUUGGGACAAGCAAUAAGACUUUGUCGCUGAAUACAUAGUUUUUAAAAACACUUCGUAGUUGAUAUCGUCACUGCCUAGAUAAAAUGAUUAAAAUAGUCGCAAAAUGUAUAAAUAUCGAGAGAGAACUAAAUUUUUAAAUAAUAAAGUUCUAAAAAGAGAGAGAAAUAUUGUUGUCUCUAGCGUUCUCGUUAUGUCAAACUUUAUAUUACACAUCUCUAAAGCUAUGCCAAAUGACGGAAUUCGCAAAUGCCUAUGAUUGCCAUGUCUGCCAGAAGAAAUGUCUCCUUUCUGACCGAUUUUUGAGACCAUAGAUAUACUGAUCUAAAAUCUGUACCGUCUGACUGACUGACUUUUGACUAUGGUUUCUUAACUGCAAAGAUAAGAUGACAACCAUCGACAUUAUAUUCUCUUUUGUAAGAAACAAUUCGUUGCUGUGUUUUAUAAAUUAAAUGAAUGAAGAUAAGUAAGAAAUUUAUUUUAUGUCGAUGGUGGCAAGAGAUUCCAAAUUCUAAUUUUGAUUUGAUAAUAGACUGAUUUCCCAAAUCAGAAUUAACUUUGAAAUCUGGCCCGUGUUUUGUAUCUCUUAAGAUUUUUAGUGAAAUCUGUAAAUAAUUCAAUUAUUUAAAUAUUUCACUGAAGUCGUUUGUUAACACUAUAUCUUGUAAUCUAUAAUCUUAGUAUUAGAUAUGCAUUUUAUAAUUAUUUUACUUUAAUAUGAUUGCUGGUGAUAAUAUUCUUGUAGGGCCUGUACCUACUGAGGUUUGUAGCUAUAAUCUACGUCUGUACAAGGCAUUAUAGUUUUUUGGCACUAUGCCCUUUUUUCCAACACUGCAUUUUCAAGACAAAAAGAAUCUGAACACUGUAAUACUUUUUUUAUGAUAUUUCGUCAGAAAAGGCCUACUUUUUUCAUAACUUGAAAAAUCUGUCCCAUAGUUAUUCGAUCCUGCGACAGGGUAUGGUUAGCAAAUAGUUUAUUUUUACCGUAAAUAGAUUUUAUAUGUUAUUAGCUAAGCUUUACGUAGUAAUCUCGUACCUAAUGAUGCAAUUAAAACCAGUAGGAGUAGUUAACCUACCCUCAUUUUUCGAAAAAAAAACAAUGUCAACUCACAGAAAUCUUUUUUUUGUUCACUACUCCUACGUGUUAUGUUGAAAGGUGCUUAAUAUUUUUUGCUUAUGAGAUUUUAUUUUUACAUUAUGUAGAUUAGGUACCAGAAUAUAAAUUAGUGCUAAAAUUGUAUGUAAAUACGCUGUUGACGUUUAACAGAGUUCAUCGCCGAUAUUUGUGACUUUUUCAAUCAAAAGGUACAGAUGUAAGUGCAAAAUGUUUUCCUUUGUAUUGUCACGGUAACUCACGGAAGUGUGCUAUUUCAGUCAGUCUCAGUACAAGAAGUACUAACGUUGCCCGAACUAGCAUGACGAAUACGAACGUUUCCGAGAAAAUACGAUGAUGCACGACGCACGACAUGUAGGUACUACAUUGUCGGUAGAAUCGAUUUCACGUUGAAGAUAUUAUGGAAAUAACGCCAUGUUACCUACCGACAGUAAGUACAGUCAUCGGCAUAAAUAAGUGAUGACUUCUGUACCUUGUCGCUUUUAAUCAUUUGACAACUUCGUAUGAUAUUUCCAACAAGAUGUUAAUGUGACAAGGUA